AUGGUAACCCACAGUCUGCAACUCCCCACGUGUAUUAGUCCAAACGGAGGGAAUCUGGAUGAUUUUGCCGCCCUAAUGACCUGCUUCUUCUGGUUCGAAACCAUGGAUACGAUAAAUGCUGCGGAGCAUAUUAAGGAACGUUCACCCUCCGAGCCGAUCCCCCCAUUGUCCGCAUAUACCGAGCCUUGCCCCGCGUAUAAGCAAUGGGUUAAUAAAACCCUUUCCACGACCCAAGUAACGCAGAACGUGAUCCUCUUGGCGUUGUUGUUUGUAUAUCGGCUGAAGAAGGCGAAUCCGAAAGUGAAUGGUAGCCCGGGUAGCGAAUAUCGGCUCUUAACAGUGGCCCUAAUGUUAGGUAACAAAUUUUUGGAUGACAAUGCCUAUACGAACCACACGUGGGCAGAAGUUUCGUCUAUUUCGGUAAAAGAAAUUCACGUCAUGGAAGUGGAAUUUUUGAGCAACAUGCGAUAUGGCUUAUUGACAUCUAAAGAGGAGUGGGAGGAAUGGUUGAAGAAGCUGGCCUGCUUCCACGAAUACUACGAGAGAGCGGUUAUGGAAGAGAAGCGUCGAAAAGCCCCGCCUCCUAUGCCGAUGAAUAUACCCUCGCCGACUCACGCCGGAUUCGCCUCUUCGCAACCUCCACCGACUGGCAUCCUACCGUCAACCGGACAGUGUACACCAUUGGCUCUUGCGGCGGCAUAUUCUCCUAGCCCUGUAGUUCAUGCUCAAAGUUGGAAUGCUUACCAUCCUACCCCAUCAGUUUCCCCGCUCGCAACCAAGCCGAGUCUAGGUCACCCAAUGAUGCGAAAGAGAGGGUUAGAGGGGGGAGACGCGGUCGAGCCCACUCCGAAGCGGAUCGCUCGCCAACCGCUUGUUACGACGAUGCCGCCGAAUCAGCAAGUUCAUGGGGGCGCCGGACCGCUUCGACUACCUGUGCCACACCUUACGCUUGACACAAGCCAGGCAAUCAUCCCACCCGUAUACCAACCCCAGCCCACCUACUCCCAGCCGAGUGUAUCGUUGCCACCGCUCGGAGCUGGAAUGAAGGCUAUGUCGACAGUAUAUCCCACAACGACUGGCUGGGCGCCCCAGGGAUCAGUGCUUACUACUUGCGGACCACAGACGCCAUCUUAUGCGAUUCCGUCCAACUAUGGCACUCCGACAAGGCGACAGAGCCCAACGGGUUUAACUUCGUUUGGUUCGUCCCCGUUAGCCGAAUCGUAUGGAACCCAUACGCCGAUCUCGAAUUCGCCCCUGGUAUACCUACAACAGCGAGCGAGUCCCUACAAACCUGUUCGUCGCGUCAAUACCCUUCUCAACCCUCCUCCGUCUAUUCCGCUUUCCCAGUAUCACCUGGGCUCGAGCCAGAUGCACUACCAGCCACUGGGUCGACGGUAUGACUUGCGCUCUGGUAUCGUUCCUGAGUUUCUCCCUGCAUAUGCCAAUCAACGGCCUUCGAGUCAUUCCCAUUAA